UAAUACACUCAGCCAUACACAUUUACCAGAAUUCAUCUGUCAGAGAUGGUUGACAUAAACAUUAAUAAUCGUUGGACUUCCCAAAUCAUCUUUUUAACAGCUCCGCAUUCUACCCACUGAAAUAGUGAGGAGGACCUGAUUUGACGGAGGCGAGGAGAGCCGGUCGCCGGUCGGCAGCUGGACUUCAGUCGAAGCCUUGCUCUUAAGGAAAAGAAAGUAAAUUUAUAAGAAGAAAAUCUAGACUCGGGUUUACUGGUACAUAAAACCCGACCAACCCGACCCGGGUGUCACGUGGUGUCACUGGGGAGAUGUUACUGUUGCAUAGCAAUUAGCCUUCCACGACCACGGGAAACGGGAGAGAUGACGUUUAUCAGAGUUACUCAACACCGCGUGUCGUUUUUAGUUACUUCUCAAGCUUCGCAAUCCAAGCAUUAUUGGCGGCCUUCGUUUGGAAUCGCAUUUGACAUUGACGGAGUUAUCCUUCGUGGUCGCGAACCGAUUGGAGGUUCUCCGCAAGCUUUGAGGAGAUUGUAUGGAGAUUCUGGUAUUUUCAGGGUCCCAUUUUUGUUGUUGACAAAUGGAGGUGGAAUUCCUGAAUCCAAAAGAGCUGCUGAGUUAAGUGAUCUUCUAGGAGUAAAUAUUUUACCUUCUCAGGUUGUGCAAGGUCACUCCCCUUUUAAAAAUUUCUUGAAAAGGUAUGAGAAUGAGCUUGUCGUAGCAACUGGAAAGGGAGAUCCUGCUCUUGUCAUGUCCGAAUAUGGGUUCAAAAAAGUUCUAUCCUUAGAUGAGUAUGCGUCUUACUUCAAGGAUAUUGAUCCGGUCUCUCAGUAUAAGAUGUGGACAACUAAGCAGGUAGUGGAGAGGAGUGGCCAUUGGAUGGAUAUUGUGUCAAAUCACAAUGUCCUCUCUAACAAAGUCAAGGCAGUGUUCAUUGUCAGCGAUCCUGUAGAUUGGGGCAGGGACAUUCAGGUACUCUGCGACAUUCUAGGAUCUGGUGGCCUCCCUGGCUGUGGUGACAGUGGACAUCAGCCUCCUCUUUACUUUGCUGCUGAUGAUCUUGAAUAUCAGGCUGCAUUUCCCUCUGAACGUCUUGGAAUGGGUGCUUUUAGAAUUGCAUUGGAAAGCAUCUUCAACAGGAUUCAUCAUAACCAGCUACAAUAUGUAUCUUUCGGGAAGCCAAAUCCAUUUGUAUUCAAUAAUGCGGAAUCCAUACUUAGCCAACUUGAACUAUCUUGUCGUACUGAUCAUCUCAAGGAACAUGACGAGAUUGGGUCACCUCGUUUCAAUACCCUUUAUAUGAUUGGUGACAAUCCUCUUGUUGACAUUAAAGGUGCAAGACAGGCUGGGAAUCCUUGGGUUUCUAUAUUGACAAGGACAGGUGUGUUCCGCGGGCAACAUAACCAUGCAGAGUUUCCGGCAGAUCUGGUAGUUGAUACUGUCGAAGAGGCAGUGGACUACAUCCUGCAGAAGGAGUGCAUUUCUUAGUACUAGCAUACCAUACUCUUAAUGAAUUCUUCAUUAAUGACAAUAUAAGCAACAAUUUAUAAGAGCCAAUUGACUCUUCAAAGCAUAGUUACUCUUGGAUGAUUUUCUACAGAUUCUUAUCCUUAUGUUAAUCAACUAGUUCUUCAGCUUGUGGUAUUUGGAUCUAUAUUGGUGUUGUAUGGGUUUGGUCU